GGUGACAGUGUUAUUAUCAGACUGUUUCUGUUUCUCGUCUCCACAUCAUCCGACAGGCUUUUAUUGUUUUACUGGAGGAGCAGUGGCAGUUUGUUCAGUGUUUCUGCCUCCACCAUGAAAACUCUUCAGUGGAGAUUCUGAUAAAAAACGUCCUUCAGGGAUUUUUUCUUCUGUCAGACACUGAAACAGUUUGAGUAGGUUUAAGGGUCAAGUGUCACCAUGAGCCCAGCCAGGACCUCGUCACCCUGGUUUCAGCUGCUUUUCUUUACGUUCAUCAUCUCAAUUGAACUUCCAUAUUUUGCAGCAGGAGGUUCUGCUCUGACCCUCAAGUCCAACAGCACACUCAGCAACCACACCAAAUGUGGAGGAACUACCGACUGCAUUGAAGGCGUUAUCCUGCCAGUAUGGAAGCCAGUAAACCCAGCCUUUACUGACCGCCUCGCCAGAGCCGCCAUUUACUUUGUGGGGUUGGCAUACAUGUUCUUGGGUGUCUCUAUUAUCGCUGACCGUUUCAUGGCCUCCAUCGAGGUCAUCACUUCCCAGGAGAGACAGAUCACCAUCAAGAAACCGAAUGGUGAGAAGAUCACCACGACGGUGCGCAUCUGGAACGAGACUGUGUCCAACCUGACCCUGAUGGCGCUGGGUUCCUCCGCCCCAGAGAUCCUGCUGUCAGUCGUGGAGGUCUGCGGUCACAACUUUAACGCCGGUGAGCUGGGUCCCAACACCAUUGUAGGAAGUGCCGCCUUCAACAUGUUUGUCAUCAUUGGCCUCUGUGUGUCAGUCAUUCCUGAUGGAGAAACAAGAAAGGUGAAGCACCUCAGGGUGUUCUUCGUCACCGCCACCUGGAGUGUCUUUGCAUACACCUGGCUUUACCUGAUUCUGGCCGUCUUCUCUCCAGGUGUUGUUGAGAUAUGGGAGGGGCUUCUCACACUCUUCUUCUUCCCCAUUUGUGUUGGAUUCGCUUAUGUGGCCGACCGCAGACUUCUAUUCUACAAGUACAUGUACAAACGAUAUAGAGCAGGGAAGCGGAAAGGAAUGAUCAUUGAAACAGAGGGAGAACCAGAACCUCCCUCUAAGGUUGACAUUGAAAUGGACGGGAGAAUUCUCAACUCCCAUGGAGAGGAGACAGGGUUUGAUAUGAAGGAGCUGGAUGACGAAGAGGCCCGAAGAGAGGUGGCCAGGAUCCUGAAGGAGCUGAAACAGAAACAUCCUGACAAGGAGAUGGAGCAGUUGAUGGAGUUGGCCAAUUACCAAGUUUUAACCCAGCAACAGAAGAGUCGGGCUUUCUACCGCUGUCAGGCGACCAGGAUAAUGACAGGAGCAGGCAACGUCCUGAAGAAGCAUGCUGCUGACCAAGCCAAGAGAGCCACCCAGCACGAUAUCUGCUCCGAGGUUUCAGUGAACAAUUUUUCCUCCAAGGUGUUCUUCGACCCUGGUGCCUACCAGUGUCUGGAGAACUGUGGCAGUGUAGCUCUGAACGUGGUGCGCCGAGGUGGAGACCUAACAAACAUGGUCUCAGUGGACUACCGGACUGAAGACGGCACAGCAAACGCCGGCUCAGACUACCAGUUCACUGAAGGAACUAUUGUGUUCCAACCAGGCGAGACUGAAAAGGAAAUCCGCAUUGACAUUAUUGAUGAUGAUAUCUUUGAGGAAGACGAGCACUUCCUGGUUCACCUUACCAAUGUGAAGGUCAUAUCAGAGGGCGCUUGCUCAGACACGUGCGAGGCAAACCACAUGGACGCCCUUGCGGGUUUAGGUCUGCCGUGCACAGCCACAGUCACCAUCUUUGAUGACGACCACGCAGGGAUCUUUACAUUUGAGGAGCCAGUGGUAACCGUGAGUGAAAGCAUUGGGGUGAUGGAGGUGAAGGUGAUCCGGUCCUCGGGAGCUCGCGGUGUUGUGGUAGUGCCGUACAAAACCACAGAGGGGACGGCUAAAGGAGGCGGGGAGGACUUUGAGGACACACAUGGAGUCCUGGAGUUUGAGAACGAUGAAAUCUUCAAAGCUAUUCAGAUCAAUAUAAUUGAUGAUGAAGAAUAUGAGAAAAACAAGAACUUCUUCCUAGAGAUCGGAGAGCCUCGCAUGCUGGAGAUGAGUGGGAGGAAAGCUAUGUUGCUUCAUGAAGUCGGUGGAUUCAUCAAAACAGGCAAAGACAUCUACAGGAAGGUCCAGGGACGAGAGCACCCCGCCCCCUCUACCAUCAUCAACAUCACAGAGGAGGGGGGUGAGGAGCUUUUGAGCAAGAAGGAGGAGGAAGAGAGGCGGAUCGCAGAGAUGGGCAGACCGAUGCUGGGCGAGCACGUCAAACUGGAGGUUGUCAUAGAAGAGUCAUACGAGUUCAAGAGCACCGUGGAUAAACUGCUUAAAAAGACCAACCUGGCCCUGGUGAUCGGGACUAACAGCUGGAGAGAGCAGUUUGUGGAAGCCAUCACAGUCAGCUCUGGUGAUGAUGAUGACGACGAUGAUGGCGAGGAGAAGGUACCCUCCUGUUUCGACUACGUCAUGCACUUCCUCACCGUCUUCUGGAAGCUUCUUUUUGCCUUCGUUCCUCCCACUGAUUACUGGAACGGCUGGGCCUGCUUCGUCGUCUCCAUCUCAGUCAUCGGCAUGUUGACGGCUGUGAUCGGGGACCUGGCGUCACAUUUCGGCUGCACAGUCGGCCUGAAAGACUCUGUCACAGCUGUGGUGUUCGUGGCUUUGGGCACAUCUGUACCAGACACCUUUGCCAGUAAGGUGGCAGCCACCCAGGACCAAUACGCUGAUGCCUCCAUCGGCAACGUGACAGGAAGUAAUGCUGUGAAUGUCUUUCUGGGUAUUGGCGUGGCCUGGUCCAUCGCUGCCAUCUACCACUACUCCAAGGGCCAGGAGUUCAGGGUUGACCCCGGCACGCUGGCCUUCUCUGUCACACUCUUCACCAUCUUUGCCUUCAUCUGCAUUGCCGUCCUCAUCUAUCGCCGCCGGCCCGAGAUCGGAGGGGAGCUUGGUGGACCCCGAGUCCCCAAGAUCCUCACCACCUGCCUGUUCUUCAGCCUGUGGUUAAUGUACAUUGUCUUUUCCUCACUGGAGGCCUACUGCCAUGUAAAGGGCUUCUGAAAGUUCUGCUUCCAACAGGUCCCCAACAGUCUCUGUUGAACAGUUCUGAUGGAUUUCUAAAGGUUCCUGCAUAUUCUGACAGGUUCUCACAUUUCUGUUAUUUGUCUAAAGGUUUGGUACAUGUCUACGUGUUGUAACUGACAGUUGAUGAUUCCUAGAGGUUCUGAAAGAGUUCUGAAAUCCUUAUUGUUCUAAAAGACUUUUUGAUGAUCUGGUUUCUAAACACAGAUACACAACUAUUGUGCUGGACUUUGUAUAGUUCUUUUCUGUGCUUAAGCGGUCUAGCAAGUUCAAAACAACUUUAAAAGGUUUCUAAAGGUUCUUGAAGUAUUGGACAGCUUCUUGACAGUCCUGAUGCAUUGCGAAGAAUCCUAUAGGUCUUGCAGAAUGUGACAGGUUCCUGUCAUUUUUCUAAGGGUUUGGACAAACUAAAGGGCUCUGCUGGGUUCUGACAGGUUCCUAUAAUUUAUGGUCUAAAGGUUUAGAUAGAGCAAUAAAAUGUAGUCCAAAAAUUGGAUCAGGUUCCUGAUUGUUGGUGGAUUCCCAGGGUUCUGGAUAUAUAAUAGUUCUAAUAGUUGUGAGUAUUCUGGUAGGUUUCUGACAUUUCUGAAGGCUUUUCUGAUGAUCUGACAGUUUAAGAAUUUGAAACUGUAAAGUAAUUUUAGGCUUGUUAAGGUCUAACAGGUUUAAAACAUUUUUGAUGGGUUUUUAAAGCUCCCAAAGGUUCCUGGCAGAUUCUGCAUGUUCUUGACAGUCCUGGUGGAUUUUUGUUAGUGUGGAACCCUCACCUGAAGCUUCUUUUUGACUUAAUCUGGUGUCCAUAUUGGACUGUUUUCUGGCUGCUGAGUGCUGGUGACCUCCAAGACUGGACUAUGUUCAUCCUUACAUACCUCCUGGACAUUUAAAGACCUGUAUCAUAACUUCUUCACCUGUACUUUUAAUCAAUGUGUAAUAUAAACAAUUUUAAAUUUUGUUGUGCAGCGACUUUGAACCACAGCCACAGUAGUGACGAGCCAUGGUGAUAAAGGAGGCAGCUCUUGUUGGAGAAGAAAACCUGCAGGACUUGUGAUGUUGAAGGCGACUGGAGGAGUAGUGUUGCACCUAAAUGAAUAUCUGCACUAAGUUUGAAAUAGUUAAUGUUGCGCGUAGGAGGAUCCAGAGUUGGUUGUUGAAGCAAUUAAAGGUCUUUGCUGCACCGAGACCAGAGACUCUACUGAGCUGAACCUGAGCUGCUGCAGCAGUGGAUUCUUAAUUUUUGCAAAAAUAACAUCGUGUAUGUGUGUUUGAGUGUGAGCACAUACAUAACCUCAAAGAACACUGAAAAGAGACGUCAGUCAUGAUGUUCUGUGAUAUGAUUGGUUUAGAAAAAUCAGCCAACUGGGUGCCUGUUGGAUGACGUAAACACAAGUGCUGUUGCGUAUUAUCUGAGAACAGAAUGCAGUGUCUUUCCUUUAAAUAUUAAAGUACAGUGAGUGACA